AUGAGCCAGGAACAGGGCAUAAAACUCAAUCACCAGCCGCACGACGCGGGCUACCGUCUCAUCGAGCUGCCCCCGGAGCUCGAGUCGCUGCUCGAAUCUGAAGCCGCCCCGGUCCUCACCCUCGAGUCAGCAGACUCCUCCGCGGUGCUCAAGACGGCCGACAAGUCGUACGCGAUACGCCAGAAGAACACUUCAAACGCGCUCUUUUUGCUCUCGCCGGCGACGUCGCCCUCCGACCCCCAGCCAUGCCUAUCCAUCAUCUCGACUAUACACGAGACGGUCGAGCUCGACGCCGUUUCCGAGUCUCCCAUUAGCAGGGCCCCGCUCAAGGAUACGGGCAGCAAGGGAAAGUGGCAUGAGAGAUUUGGGAAGAACCGAUAG